AUGUCGAACAUUGUGCGACUGCUCGGCAUCCGCAGCAGAAACCGAGACGACCACGAAUACCUCUUCAAGUUGACCCACAACGUCGACGACCAAGUUGAGGAGCCGGACUGUGGUUCCCGUAAGGCAGUGGUCACCACGGGGCCCCCGACUGCUCCAGUCGAGUUGGAAUAUGUCGUCGACGGCCUUCCGGUACCGCCGAAGGCCUUCAACGUCGAAGUGGUACGCGACGCUCUGCGGUACAAGGCGCGACCGAGCGACGUUUUCGUGGCCACGUACCCGAAGUCGGGCACCUCGUGGAUGCAGCGCAUCGUCUGGCUGCUCCUGAACUUGGACCGCAUGGACGAGGGAGUGCCGUCUCUCAUGGACACCAUGACUCGGCACAUGUCGUUCCUGGAGCUUGUUGGCCGAAGGAUGGUCGGCGCGCUGCCCGAGCCUCGCGUCAUCAAGCACCACCUGCCCUUCUGGCUCUCGCCGUACCACCCGCUGGCCAAGUAUGUCGUGCUAGUGCGAAAUCCGUUCGACGUCGCCGUCUCCUUCUACUACCAUUGUCGAGCCGAGCCCUCUGUUGGCCUCCUUCCGGGCGUCGCGACGUUUGACGACUUCUUGGAGCGGUUCCUGGAAGGUCGCGUACCGUUCGGCUCGUACUUCGAUCACGUCCUUUCCUGGUACGCUCGUCGCGACGACACCAACGUUCUCUUCCUACACUACGAGACGCUCGGGGAACGUCCGGCCACCGUCACCCUUGAAAUCGCAGACUUCCUGGACACCAAAAUUGCCUCCAAGCUCCGCGGAGAUGAACGACUCCUACGGCACGUGGUGGACAGGACAUCGGCCGGAUGUCUUAAGACCGUGAAACCCCUCAUGUCGGCUGCCUCACGUGGUCGCAGUGCUGGUGUGGUAAAGUCACUCUCGCGACCCAGUGAACCGUUAGACAAGGUUUCUGCGAACUAUGUUUGCAAGGGCGACGCAGAAGAAUGGAAGCGACAUUUCAAGCCAGAUCAAGUGCGGCGCCUACGGCAGCUAAGCGAAGAAAGGAUGAAAGGCACUAAGAUGUGGUACACGUGGCAGAAGUGGUUCGAGUAA